AUGUCACGUUUUCUAGCAAUGAUUAGCAUCUUAGCUAUUACCCCUAGAUUCUCCGUUGUACUGACUGAUUAAAGAUUUUUACCUAUGUAAUUAAAAACUAGAGGCGGGAGGGAAAUCGAUAACCAUCGAUUUUUCUUUUAUAGUGUAAGUAAUUAUCCUACUCAUUUUACUCUGUUAGAGCUUUUGAAUCGUUUGUUUAUUAAAAAGACAGAGUUGCUGCCGCUGCGGCAGUUGUUGCAACGAGUGAACAUUUAUUGCAAUAGAUAGAAUACCUCUGCAAUAUUCGUCGUAUAACUCUGUAAAUGUCCCCCUGUUAAUAUAUUUCAGUUAACAAAUAAAGUCGAAUACAUAUAACUAAAAGCGUACUUAAAGCCGAAAGAAAAAAUUUAACAUCUUGUAAUUUAUUUAAGUGACUAACCUACAACAUCUGAAAAGUUUGUUUUAUUCUUAUAGAACUUAGUGCAAUGUUUCACGCGUUCGCAGUUACGUUGUAUUUAAGCGCAAGUUUAACAAUAGUUGCCGGAGAACCACCACACUUUCGUAUACUCGCUCCAGAAUUUGUGUGUCCAAAAGAAGCUGACACUGGCCCGAAGAGUAUUGACAACACCAUUAUUACCCUCCGAACCCCCGCGGAUGCAAAGCUGGACAUGCGCUGGACGGUGCGCUGGACGCCCCUUCCAGCACCUUCACAGCGGUUCACCCUGAUGCUGUGGCGAGCGACGCGGCAGUUGGAGAAGAAACUAAACGGACCGCAGAAGGAACCUUACGUCUACAUCAUAGAGAACGAUGAGCUACUCAGAGGUGUAGACUACAAGUUCAACGUGACAGCAUCAAACUCAGAAGGCGAAGAGACCACCAAGACCUUCCACAUCAACAAUGCGAAAGGAGAACAGCUGCUGCAGAAUCUGGAGGGACGGACGGACAUGCUGUCCAUCAUACUGGUCGGUGGGGAGGAGACGUAUGCUGAUGUCGAGCUUAUGAUGGAUGCGCUGGUCACUACUUGUCAUCCAACACAGGAUUUUUAUUUCGAAUGGUCAGCUGAAAGCGCGGGUCACAAAAUAGCCGCAUCGCCGGGCGGCAGAUUGGAGCUGCCCACAUACUCGCUCAGAGCCGGCCUGACCUACCUCGUCACGUGUCGGGUCGUGAGCUCGGCCGGGGAACUCAUUACCCAGAACAGUCUACCCCUCAUGGUUCUGCAGCGGUCGUUUGAAGUGUAUUUAUGCAUAGACUAUUUAGAAAUCAGCGUCAAUACUGCAUUCACUUUGGAGUCCAUUGUACUAAAUCACGACUACUUUGGAGAGUCCUUUUCAUACCAAUGGACAUGCUCUUACGAAGAAGGAGACUGUAAUAGUUUCUUUCAAAGCAUUGAUAGCGGUACGUUGAAUUUGGAAAGUGGAUUACCCACAGCAGGAAAAUACCAGAUCACGCUUACUGUAAACAUCCAUAAUCACUCCGCGUCCGCCAGUGCCAUAAUUAUUGGCGUUCAACAUGCUUCACCAGUGAUACAGAUAAAUCCGCUACCAAGGACUCUGAACGAAGGCACCAGAACUUCGCUAGUGGCAAACGCCAGCAACGUGACGCCGACCUGCUCUUUGACCUGGUACUUCGCUUCUGAAGAGUAUUUAGAGUCUCAGAAACAUGUCCUGAAUGACACUUGCGAAGAUUGUCAGCAUGGAGUACCGCUCACUGAAACUUUAACAAUCUUCUCCUUCGAAGAGAACUUUCUCUACUACUUAACCGACUUCUCAAACGAGACGGAAUGGCGGCAGAUAACAGCCGAGAUGCCAGCAGCUGCCGGCCGUGCAAGAUUUGUAGUGGAGUGUGGAUGCACUCAGAUUCUUGAAUGUGUGAGUGAAGGGACUGUCUAUGCUGACAUGUUCUUCAACAUAAAUGGGAUUCCGAGAGCAAAUAUGGUGAUGGUAACGCCUGACACCGGUACAGCACUUGAGACACUUUUCCGCAUAAGCACCCUAGCCGUGGUGGACGGCGAUACUCCCCUGUACUACACGUUCCGCUGUCGAGUGGGGGUCAACAGCUCGCUGGUGCUGGGGGCUUAUGCUGACCACUUGGCUGUGGAAACCUUCCUGCCUUAUAUGGAACAUGGCGUCGAAGUAUGGGUGGAAGUGUGCGAUGUUCUUGGAGCGUGUUCGCGAAGCGUGAGCAAAGUUGUCCACCUUUUGACCGGAGAUGGCGCCUCUGUCGACGAGUUGCUUCAAGAUGUGCAUGCGCAUAUUAGGCGGUGCGAACUGUUGCAGUUACAGAGAGUGAGCGUUGCUGCUAUUGUUACUUAUGAAGUAAGUCUUGUAUUGAUACAUUGCGCCCUAACCAUCCUAUAUUGUUGAGUGUUAAUGUAGACAUACUUCAGGGGCGUGCUUAUCUUCAAUUCUCAUGCUGCUUUUGUAGUUACGUAUUUACUACAGUUAAAGAGUUUUUGAUAAUAUAAAACAUUGUGCCCGAGCUUAAAAGUUUAACAAUUUAUGUAGGUUAUAAUCAGAUAUCGAAU